GCCUAUCAAGGCCAUGAAAUAGUAAAAGGCCGCCCCGUCUCACUUAAUCAUCGUAAACUUAAUCAAACACUCAAAGAAAAAAAUAAGUAAUUUUGUCUUAAAAAAAUUUAAAUCCACCUAGUUAUAUCAUCAUCCAACUUUUGCUUCUUCAAUUGUCCGUUUUCUUUCUCUUUCUCUCAUCCAAAAAAAAAAAAAAACCCCUUUGUUUUUUGCCUUGAAACGAAUUUUCCCGAGAAAAUUAAAUCCUUGUCCUUAACCCAGAUCCUUAGAUCAUCAUCCCAAAUUCUUGCCGAUAAGUUUGUUCCUCUUACAAUCUUUUUCCCAUAUUCCCUUUUUCGGUGGCAAUCAAAAUAUACUUUUUUUCUUUAAUACUCCUAGUUUUUAUCUAUUAUUAAAAAAUCUUAACCUUUUCUCUCUACUUUUUCCCACCUAGAAAAUGCAGCUUGAUGAUCCAAAAACGCUUGUUUUGGUUCACUUAUUAAUGGGUCUUCCUUAGUUUUUCAAUCAAGUUUUCUCCCUUUUUUUAUCCCUUUAGUCAAGUAAAGGGUUUGCAAUGUUCGUUUUGAAUUUUUUGAGAGUUUAAUAAGGAUUUUUAAAAUAUAGGUUUUGAUUUUUGGAGUUGAUAGAUAAGAAUUUUGAUGGAUCUGAUAGCUAGUUUAAAGAGAAGGAUAUAGAGUCGAUUUCUGUGUUGAAAGUCAUUUUUUCAAUAUUAAUACAGUGAAAUAAGAGGGGAGGGUUUUCUUUUUUUUUUUUUAUUGUGACACAGCUGAGUAACAUUAGAUCAUGGAGCAUAUUAUUGGUGGAAAAUUCAAGCUUGGUCGAAAGAUUGGAAGUGGGUCAUUUGGUGAACUUUAUUUAGGCGUUAAUGUACAAAGUGGAGAAGAAGUGGCUGUUAAGCUGGAAUCUGUCAAGACCAAGCAUCCCCAACUUCACUAUGAGUCAAAACUGUACAUGCUUCUUCAAGGAGGGACGGGUAUUCCUCAUUUAAAAUGGUUUGGAGUUGAGGGUGAAUACCAUGUUAUGGUUAUUGAUCUUCUUGGACCUAGCCUAGAAGAUUUUUUCAACUAUUGCAAUCGGAAGUUUUCCUUAAAAACAGUUUUGAUGCUUGCAGAUCAGUUAAUAAAUAGAGUUGAGUUUAUGCACUCUCGCGGUUUUCUUCACCGUGACAUAAAGCCCGAUAACUUUUUGAUGGGUUUGGGACGCAAAGCAAAUCAGGUAUAUGUAAUUGAUUAUGGCCUUGGCAAAAAGUAUAGGGAUCUUCAAACACACAAGCACAUACCUUACAGGGAAAACAAGAAUCUUACAGGAACAGCUCGAUAUGCAAGUGUCAACACUCACCUUGGAGUUGAGCAAAGCAGGAGGGAUGAUCUGGAAUCUCUUGGUUAUGUGCUUAUGUAUUUCCUGAGGGGAAGCCUUCCAUGGCAGGGUCUGAAAGCUGGCACCAAAAAGCAAAAGUAUGACAAGAUUAGUGAAAAGAAGAUGCUUACUCCCAUAGAGGUCCUUUGCAAAUCGUAUCCUUCUGAGUUCACAUCUUACUUUCAUUAUUGCCGAUCACUACAUUUUGAAGACAAACCAGAUUAUUCAUACCUGAAGAGGCUGUUCUGUGACCUUUUCAUUCGAGAAGGUCAACUUGAAAAUUUAGGUUAUCAGUUUGAUUAUGUAUUUGAUUGGACUGUACCGAGUUCUCAACAGGUUGGCUUUAGCUCAAGAGCAAGGCCAAGCCCAAAGCCAGGUUUAAAUCCGCCAGCAGUAUCUGCUGAAAGAACAGAAAGGCCUUCAGUUGGCCAAGAAAUUCGAGAAAGGUUCUCUGGUGCAGUUGAGCCAUUUGCUAGACGGAAUGGCUCUGGGCAUGGUUUGCAUGGUGAUCAGUCUAGAUACAGAUCUUCAGAUGGCGUGCCAUCCUCCAAGGAUGUGCAACCUGAUUCUGAAAGGGCUCACUUCUCCUCAAGAAAUGGUAGUACAUCAAAGAGGCCUGUCAUAUCAAGCAGUUGGCCAAGCUCCUCCGGUGAGCCUAGUGAUAUUCGCUCUAGCAGAUUUGUCUCAAGCAGUGGUCACCAAUCAACGACUCAGAGAGUCCAACCUGGGUUUGAAUCCAAAUCAGCGUCUUUUACUCGAACUGCAGCCACAAGAGGCGGUCCUGAUGAUACCCUCAGGAGCUUUGAGCUCUUGACAAUAGGAAGUGGGAAAAGGAAAUAAAUGGCAUAUGCAUCUGUUAGGAAGGAUUUGCUUGUGUUGAGGGCACACAAUUUCCCUAUUCUAGUUUCUAAUGGAGAUCUCGGCACGAUAAUGGUAUUUACAAACAGUUACUCUGUAUAUCUGUCUGUCAUCAGGUUCCAUCCCAACAAUCUCCCCAAAGAAGUUUAUCCUCCGGAAAACAUUUCCACUUUCCUUCCACUUGCAGUACUAGUCAGGUUUUCUUGCCAUUAUGGUGCCUCUCUAGACUCAUUAAACAAAGAGAUAAAUGAUCUCACUUCAGGGAAUUGUUCAUAUAUUUCGAACAUUCUAGCCCCAAUAAACACUUUAGGGACCCUUUGGUUCAUGAAAUUCAAGAUGCACAUCGGAAAUGAGAUUCACCCCUCAUUUCCAUUGACAAAAUUUCCAAGCCAAGUUGACAGUAAUGUGUUCAGGUUCACCAGUCCAGAAUAUAUCAUUUAUCAUGUUUGGUUUACAAGAAAUAUGACAUAACUAUGAUUGUUUUACUGAAAUGCCCUCCUAUUUUAUGCAUAUAAUUGAAAUUAGAACAGGGAAUAUCAAAGCAUAAUAUGGAUGUCAGUUUCUAGCUUUAGUAUUACAAUAUUGAAGUGAUUAUAACAAUAUGGGCUAAUAUUAGUCAUUGCUUUUUUAAACUUUUUUUGGCUGUUAACUUUAGUUGAAAGUGACAAAAGGCUUUGUUUUAGUACCCUUUAUCACCAUAUUGUUAGCCAUUAAUGCCUAAAAGCCUAGCUUAUAAUCUUAAUGUAAAAGGGAGAUGGGGAGGUUCUCCUUUAUUGAAACCUCCUUUUUCAAUGGCAUCAAUAAUUGACCAUAACUUUGGUGUUUGCCUUGUUACCACAUUAAAAAUGUGCUGAUCGACUCUUUGAACAGUUUGUAUGAUGCAAAAGUACAUUAUCUACUAUUUAAAUUUUAA